AGGUACAGAGAAACAAUGAUGUCGGCGUAUGUUUUAAUUUUAAUUGUGACUUGAAAAACUGAAUUUACCUUUACGCGAAGAAAAGUUGCACGAAACCGGAUGAAACUAUCGCUAAAAGUGAGCUGAGUGUGGUCUGCUGGUCGGAAAUAUGGAAUUUGGCCGAUUUUAGGCGAGUCUCGAUCGAAAAAGUGACGAUGAAAAUUAAUCAAUGAGACAGCUCCGAGAGCUUUUCCCAUUCGCCAUCAUUCGGGUAUGUUAAUGGUGGCACGAAAAGCAGUGGUAGAAAAAUCUGUUCAUUUGUUCAAAUGUGAAAUCGCAUUUAUGUGCAGUGUGUGUGCGAUGGGCCUCGUCCUGAAUCUUCAUUGAUUUUCUUCUACUAUCGGAGUUCCAGAAUCGUCAUUGGCCUGCCAACGGGAUAACUUGUUAUUCGUUUUUCUCUAUCAAGUGACAAAAGUAAUUCCCAGGUCACACAACCGCGUCAAUUUCAUUGAGAUCGUUCAAAAACAUUAUCAUCAAGCAAGAGGCUAACUAGCAAAAGCGAACUCAGCCAUGUGUUGUUACAUUUAUGUUUUGGAUCGAUUUUUACCACAGGAAAAGCACCGACAACAGCAAAUGAGUCAGUCAGCGAAAGCAAGUGAAAAAAACCGCUAGCAUUUUUCAAUAAAAUUGCUAAACGUUUUGUACGCAGCAACAAUAAAAAAACGGCAGAGCCAACAUCUGCCAGAAUACAAGUAGUGUUUAUAUUUAGGACAGCACUCGAUAGUUGCGCGAGAUUCUGCAAUCGCAAACCAAUUGCAAAAUGGACGCCUACUAUCGAUACGAUCCGACUGCUCCGCGCGGUAUGGGACCGCCAGGAAAUGCUGGGGGACCAUACGCCCGGCAUAGGGCUCCCCAUCCGAUGCAGCAGCAGCAGCCGCAGUCGCAGUAUCCUACCUAUCAGCCGGCAACGACCGAUAAUAUGUACUCGAUGCCGGAUCAUAAUGCCGGGAUGGCUGGCAUGGGAGAUGCGCUAUGGGGCGCGCAGCCUCCGCCGCCACCUCAAGCGAAUCCCUAUGCCUCACCGAUGGGCUACGGUCAUCCACAGGGGCCGCAGCCCAAUCAGCGGCAAACACCCACCAGGUAUAAUUUCUCACCUCAUCUGCUUGCCGGAGAUCUAUCCUACCGGCAACAUAUGAGCGGUUAUCCCCAGCAAGAUUCAUCGAAGCUGCAAUACCCGACACAGCAAGCGAUGAUGGGAGCUGGCAUGCUGCCACAGCAGGGUUACGGAUCGUUGAGUCAGCCCCAACAACCGUCUCAACAACAACAACAAACUCAACAACCCCAGCAGCAGCAACCGCAACGUGUUUCACAACACUAUCCCCAGGCAGGUCAUUCGAUGUACCCGGGGGCUCCGGUUGUUCAACCACAAGCUGCUACGGCUCAGGCUGGAUAUGGUUCGUACGCACCUUCAAUGCAACAGCACAGCAGUCGAUCGGCGCAGCAUGUUUAUAACCAGCAUCAGCUCGAUCAGUCCGCAUAUGGGCAGCACAUGAGCAGCGGCCAGGUGCCAACAAGUCUCCACCAGAUGAGUACACCUCAGCAGCAACCGCCGGGACAACUGCCACAACAUCCGCCCCAACAGUCACAUUUGCCAAUUCCUGGUCAAACACCACAAUCGCAACAACAAUUGCAUGCCAGCCAAUUGCAACCCGUUCAACAACAACAACAGCCAACUCAGCAGCAACCUUCCCAUGGAGGUCAACCUUCUCACCCGCAGGGUCAUCCACAACAGCAUCCAGGGCUGACGGGAUUGGGCCAACAAAGUCAGCAGCAGAAUAGUUUGCUUCCCAAUCAACACCCCGGAAUGGUUCACUCGCAGCAGCCAAGCGGUGGCGGACUGAUGCACGGAAGCAGCGCCCUGGGAGCCGGGAUGACACAACCUCAAGGAAACCAACAACCAGGAAGCCAUCACAGCACUAGUGCACUCGGAGGACAUCAGAUGUCUCACGGGGCGCUACCCAGCAUGCCUGGCUACGGUACGACUGGUCCACAGCAGCAAUCGUAUCUGCCAAAUGCAACGAAGCAGCAACCACAGCAGCACGGUAGCAGCCCCCAGUAUCGGGCGCCUUUCCCGCAGCUAUCCCCACAAAUGUCACCACGGCCACCACAGAUGUCCCCCCAUACGCAGAUGUCACCCCGACCGGUGAUGUCUCCGGCCAAACCGCCCGGUAGUGUUGUUGCUUCUCAAGCACCCCAAACGACGCUUCCCACUUCAAUGUCCCCCCAUCCGCACAUGGCCAGUUCCGGCGGAAACAUACAAAGCCCCCGACCGCAGCAAUCGAUGCCAGUAACGAAACUGACGACGGCUUCCUCCUCUGGACCGGUCAACACUCUGCAGGCGUUGGAGCAAAUGGUGAUGCCACCGUCAGCGGCUGCCGCAGGUUUGGAAUACUCGCAAGCGGCAGCGUACCGAGGGCCACCACUCCAACAGCAGUUGCAAAACAAUCCAUUGUCACCGUUAGGACCGAGACUGCCGAUGUCCCCACAGCAUCAUCAGCAGUGGCCUCCUAUGGUACAACGACCUGGCAGUGGAGGCAUCAACGGGAAUGCCCAUCUAGGUAUCCCGCAGCAGUCGCCACAACAACAGCAACAGCUAGGAAGUCAGCAUCUGCCCCCGAUGCAUUCCCACGCACCGCAUUUACACGUAUCACAAGCCUCUCAUCCACCACCUCAUGCUCAACAGAUCUCGCAGCUAAACGAUAUCUCAAGUCUCAUCCCGCCUGUGUCGCAAACGAUGUCUGUGAUACCACCGUCUCAAGUACCCCCAACGGGACUUCAGUACAGCAAUCUGGAUGAUAAGAGCAUUGUCGAGCCAAUCCAACAGACGCAGCAACCUGCACCACAACCUGUACAUAGUCUCCACCAGCCUCACCUGUCGCAACCUCAACAACCUCCCCAACAGCUUCCAUCAUUGCAUCAGCCACAUCAGCUUACUCCCCAGUCGCAGCAGCAGCAGCCCAUGCUAACACAAUUACAGCCACCAACACAUCUCCAACAACUCCAAUCACAGCAGUCACAACAAUCGACUCAACAUCAAACGCAUCUAAGUUCGAUGCAAUCAUCAAUGGCCGCUCAACAACAACAGCAGCAGCAGCAGCAACAACAGCAACAACAUCAGCAGCAACAGCAGCAACAGCAACAACAACAGCAACAACAGCACCAACAACAACAGCAACAGCAUCAACAACAUCAACAAUCGCAGCAACAUCAACAACCACCCCAAGGACUUACUACCCAUUCGUCCCAUUCGAUAUCGCAGCAGCUGCAAUCGCCAUCAUUUAAUGACGAAAUGAUGAUGUCACCAAGCAGCCAAUCACAGCAGCACCAACAACAACAACAACCACAGCACCAGCAGCACAUAUCCAGUGCUGGCGUUUCCGUUCCUACUUCGAUUCCAUCACCCAUUGCUCCACCAACGAGUCAACAACAUCAAGUACCAAUCUCGCAACCCUCACAUUUGAGUGACCUACCGUCAAUGCAGCCAACGGUGGUAUCAACACCACCGGCGCAACAGCAGCAACAGGAGCAGCAGCCGUCUCAAAUUCAGCCCCAACAGCAAAGUUCGGCUUCCUCUGUAGAGCUUCCAUCGAUUGCAACUCUUUCAGUCGAACCAACGAUCACCAGUAUGGACAGUACUCCACCCACUAACACUAGCACUGAGCCUCAACAGCCAUCGGCAGAUCUCAGUUUGAUCGACAGUCUAGCCUCGAGCAAAGCAAACGAGGCUCCGCCGAGUUUGGGUGCGGUAGGCUCGAUUCCAGAAUCGGCCAUAAGUGAAACGGACAGCUUGCAGCAGCGUCACUCCGUGUCGGAGCAGAACAGUAGCAACGAGGAAUCCCGGGAUAGUAUCGUUCCGGUUCCAGCGGAAUCUAACACCGACGAGAGCAAAUCCUCAAGUUCUCUAAUGUCGGGAACCGACUUCGAAAAUAUGAAUCAAACAGCCAGCGGAGCCACAAACUCCCUGUUGAAUCCCGAUACGGGACUAGACGAAACUAUACGGGAGGGUCAAACUCUUGAUUUGGAUAGUGUAGCUAUCGAUCAAAGCGAGAAACGUGAAGAUAUUUACCAUUCUGAUAAUUCAAAUCAAGCGCCCACUAUCAUCGAUGCUAAGAAGAACGAACAUCAGAUAGAAACUGCGAUGUCUCCCGACCCAGUCACCUCGAUCGUGUUGACUGAGUUACAAGCACCGGAAAUUACAACGGCUACUACCACCACCACAAGUCCAGAGCAGACUCAUUCGGUUCCGACCUCAACAACGACUCCAACCAUGCCUUCGUCAGACAUGUUGACAUACCCUAAUCAAUUGCAGUCGGAGCAAAUGCCAGGCGAACCAAUCAUCUCGACAAGUACGCCAGCUACGACGAUUCCCACGAACACAACGCAACUGCCCCCGCAAAUGCAUUCACAAAUGCAUCAACAAUACGGACCGAUGGGUGGCGCUCCGAUGAUAGGUCCAGGUCAGGGGCAACCUCCCGCGAUGUAUGGUAUGCAUAUGGCUCCGGGUGGUCCCAUGAUGCAUGGACCUCAUGGUCCUGGAAUGCACGGCAUGAUGGGUCCGGAUAUGAUGAAUCCCUACCAAACGCCCUAUCAAUCACAUGCCCAGGAGCGCGCAGCUAUCCAGCAACAAUUGCAGGAGAUUUAUAAACUCCCGAUGGCUGAUAAUCAGGACAAAAUCAUGCGUAUGCAGGAACGGAUUGCGAUCCUUCAACAGCAUGAAACUGCCGACGGGUGUUUGGGAGGGCCACAGUGCAUGAUGCAAGGUCACUCUAUGUACUCUUCGGCAAUGAUCGAUAGUCCUCAAGUGACGAGCACAACGGGUCGUCGCGGAAGAACCCCUUCGAACAAGCCACGCAAACCACGUUUGAAGAAAUCCGAGAAACUCGCUCAGGAGGCUAUAGCAGCAGCAGCAGUUACCGUACCGUCAACUGUCACACCUGCCCUCGGACAGCAACCCCAGCCGUCGCAGCAACCUCAAAUUACGUCCGGUGAUGAAACUUCACAAGCGCCGACAGCCGUUACGACGCUCCCCGUUUCGGAGGAUUCAGUUACGGCGGGAACGGGUUUGGCUGAGCUUACUUCGGAAACAUUCAACGAAACAAUGCACGAGACAGAAUCUCAAGAUAAUCUCUCUUCGGGUGAGUUGGAUACAUCGACUGAUGCCAGUGGCAAGAAGCUCAAAAAGCCGCGAAAACCACGCGAGCCCAAAAAACCUAAAGAAGCAAAAGAACCCAAGGAGAAGAAGGAGCCUAAGAAAAAAGAUACGAAGGAACCUUCGAAGAAGAAGAAGAGCAAGAAGAGUUUGAAUGUAAUCGAAGGGGAUAAUUCGGUGUCUAUGGACAACAAUAGUCAAGAUCACGAUCAGGGCCUUUCGAAGGCAACCAGUGAAGCGGACGAGAAUCAGACGCUAGCUUCGUUGAUGCAUUCACAGAACUCAACGGAUGCUACUUCUGUCCCCGAGAAGGAACAAAUUCUGGACGAAUCGUUAAUGGAUGCUGAAGUUACCGAUUUCGACGAUAUUCCAGUCUCGAAAAUUCCCAUCAAGACCUUGCUGGAGGAAAGUGAGAAAAAGGAACGAGAGCGCGAGAAUGAAGAAAGCGCGCCCGAUGCUGAAGAAACAACGGAGGGUGAAACUCCCAAAAAGAAAAAGAGUAGCAAGAAGAAAAAUCCUGGUAGUGGCGAAAGCAAGAAGAAGAGUUCAAGUUCAUCGAAAAGUAAAAAAUCUAGCAGCAGCAGUGGUGGUGGUUCUAAAAGUCGAACACGCUAUCGUGGACGCAUGAUGGCCGAAUCCGAUGGCGAAGGGGAUGAUCUAAUGAGCACACCACCUCCAUCUCCUCCACCGGAUCCAGAAAUUGAUAGCUCCAAGCGUCGAUCUGCCCGUAACACCCAGCGCAAGAAGUAUGUGGACGAUGUUAUGCUACGUUUCUCGGACGAUGAGUCGGGAAUUAUUUCGCCAACUCCCCCGACAAGGAGGGAGAGAAAGGCCGAAUCGGAAAGAAAGGAUGCUGAGAGUAACGGAGAAGGGGGCGUUGUGGCGAAUUUGGGUGCCGAUGGUGCCGUACCAAGCUCGAGUGGUAUUGGUGUUGAAGGCGAGGAGAAAAUAAGCACGACGGAAGAGAAAACGGACCUGAGCACCGAUCCAAAGACCGAUGAUGCUAACAAACCUAAUUAUGUGUAUGUGAACACUGGCGAUGAAGAUUCGAUGGUGGUGCAAUACGUUUUGGCCGUCCGUGUCGGGCGACGCGAAUUGAAACCCGAUCCACCACCGCCACCCCCAAAGGAGAAAACUCCUGAACCGGUGGAGGUGAAGACUGACGCUGCUGCGGAGGAAGAGAAAAAAGAUGACGUCGACGAACAAAAGGAAGAGCAAGAAAAUGAAACAAAGGCUGAUGCAGAAGCUAGCAAGGAUGAUGCUAAACCUGAAGACAAGGAAGCAAUGGAUAGCAGUGACACGGAAGAGAGAAAAGAGGAAGACGACAAAACGGAAGUAGACCACAAGGAAGAGACGCUUGAACCUAAUAAGAGUGAGAAGCCCCUGGACGAUUCGAACAAGGAAAAAGACUCCGAGGAAAUGGAGAUCGAUGAUUCUGAAGAGACAAUGGAAGUCAAAGGUGAUACCGGCGAGAGUGGAGAAGAUGAUGCAGUUCAAGGGGAUGAUACAGAUAAAUUGAAGAAUGGAGAAGAAACUUCCACGGCGGUGAAAAAUGAAUGCGAAGCGAAAACCACUGAUAGUGGAGAUGAGCCUGUACCAGAUAACGUCGAAAAAGAGAAAGAAAAUGAGAAGGAACCGGAGAAGCCAGAAGAGAAGAAGGAACCUGUUUACAUUGACGUUGAGGAAUAUUUCGUCAAAUAUCGAAACUUUUCCUAUCUGCAUUGCGAGUGGCGAACCGAAGAUGAGCUGUUUAAGGGCGACAAACGAGUGGGUAAUAAAAUUAAGCGCUUUCUGCAGAAACAACAGCAGCAGCUUAAUAUAUUUGAAAGUUUGGACGAAGAGUCGUUCAACCCAGACUUUGUCGAAGUGGACCGAGUUCUGGAUGUAUCCGAGCAUACCGACGAUGACGGAAAAACCGUAAAACACUAUCUUGUGAAGUGGAAAAGCUUACCCUACGAGGAUUGCACCUGGGAGCUAGAGGAUGAUGUGGAUCUUCCCAAGAUUGAACAAUAUUACAAGUUUAAUAAGAUUCCACCUAAGAGCGAGUGGAAGACGAAGAAACGCCCGCAUCCGGAUCAGUGGAAGGCACUGGACGAAACUCCUACGUUCAAAGGGGGCAACCGUCUGCGUCCUUAUCAGUUGGAGGGUCUCAAUUGGUUACGCUAUUCGUGGUACAAGGGAAAUAAUUGUAUCCUAGCGGACGAAAUGGGUCUGGGUAAAACCAUUCAGAGUUUGACAUUCGUUAAUUCUGUGUAUGAAUAUGGUAUCCGGGGACCAUUUCUGGUAAUUGCCCCGCUAUCAACCAUUCCCAACUGGCAGCGUGAGUUUGAAGGAUGGACGGAAAUGAAUGUCAUAGUUUACCAUGGUUCCGCCACGAGUCGACAAAUGAUUCAGGAUUAUGAAGUAUACUAUCGGUAUGAGAAUGGAAAGUAUAUAAAGGACAUCAACAAAUUCAAUGUACUUAUCACGACUUUCGAAAUGAUCGUAACCGACUACCAGGAUCUGAAACCCUUCAAUUGGAGAGCUUGCGUAAUCGAUGAAGCUCAUCGUUUGAAGAACAGAAACUGCAAACUACUGGAAGGCCUUCGCCAGCUGAAUCUCGAACAUCGAGUGUUACUAUCGGGAACUCCACUGCAGAACAACGUAAACGAACUGUUCUCAUUGCUGAAUUUCCUCGAACCUAGCCAGUUCUCUUCGAACGACGACUUCUUGAGAGAAUUCGGUAGUCUCAAGACGGAGAGUGAAGUACUGAAACUGCAAGCGCUCUUGAAGCCGAUGAUGUUACGACGUCUCAAGGAUGACGUGGAAAAAUCCCUUGCGCCCAAAGAGGAGACCAUCGUCGAGGUGGAGCUAACCAACAUUCAGAAGAAGUACUAUCGUGGGAUUCUGGAGCAGAAUUUCUCAUUCCUGAUGAAGGGAACAACCUCAGCCAACAUUCCCAACCUGAUGAACACUAUGAUGGAGCUGCGAAAAUGUUGUAUUCAUCCGUAUCUGUUGAACGGAGCCGAGGACCAGAUUCAGUAUGAUUACCGCCAGCAGCACGGUGACAAUGCGGAGGCAUACUACAAAAAUUUGAUUGUUUCGUCGGGCAAAAUGGUGCUCAUUGAUAAGCUCCUACCGAAGCUGAAGGCAAACGGCCAUCGUGUGCUUAUUUUCAGCCAGAUGGUGCGGUGUUUAGACAUCCUGGAGGACUAUUUGAUUUACAAGAAGUAUCCAUUCGAGCGUAUCGACGGUCGAAUUAGGGGAAAUUUGCGACAGGCAGCUAUCGAUCGGUAUUCAAAACCUGAUUCGGAUCGUUUUGUGUUCCUGCUGUGUACAAAAGCAGGAGGACUGGGUAUUAAUCUCACCGCUGCAGACACAGUUAUCAUUUAUGACAGCGAUUGGAAUCCGCAGAACGAUCUUCAGGCACAGGCCCGUUGUCAUCGUAUCGGACAGCAGAAAAUGGUGAAGAUUUAUCGAUUGCUGUGCCGUAACACAUACGAACGAGAAAUGUUUGACAAGGCUUCGCUGAAGCUGGGUUUAGAUAAAGCUAUCCUGCAGAGUAUGAAUACCGGUCAGGGCAAGGAAGGUACCAACAAGCAGCUGUCCAAGAAGGAGAUUGAGGAUUUGUUGAAAAAGGGAGCCUACGGGGCGGUGAUGGACGACGAUGCGGGGGAUAAGUUCUGUGAGGAAGACAUUGAUUCGAUUUUACUGCGAAGAACGCAAGUUAUCACGAUGGAGAGUGAGAAGGGAUCCACAUUCUCGAAGGCAUCGUUCGCCGCUUCCGCUAACCGAAGUGACAUCAACAUCGAUGAUCCGGACUUUUGGAACAAGUGGGCCAAGAGAGCAGAAAUAGAUCCGCUGGCUUGCGAAAAGGAUGAGACUGAAGAUUUGGUUAUAGCCGAGCCGAGGAAACGCACCCAGAUAAAGCGCUACGGCCAUGACGACGGUGUUAUGGAUAUGUCGGAUGAGUCGUCUGGCGAGCACGGAAGCGAUGGCGAGGAAGGCAGUGGUGGUGGGUUGAAGACACGAAGCAAGCGGAACAGAGGGAAGGACAAGAGUAAGAAACCGAUAACCGAGAGGGAUAGAGAUGAUUAUAUACCGCGCGAUAGAGACACCCUUGCGGCGCUCGGAUUUGAUGAGGUAUCCUAUGGGAACUGGGCUCGAUCGGAGUGCUUCAAGGUGGAAAAAGGAUUGUUGUCCCACGGAUGGGCUCGCUGGACCGAGAUUCUAGAACAAGGACAGUUUAAGCGCGGAUGGCGCGAACAAGAUGUGGAGGAUUGUGCUCGUGUCAUUCUGUUGUACUGUUUGGAUCGCUAUCAAGGUGAUGAGAAGAUCAAGAAUUUCAUCUGGGAUUUAAUUGCACCUUCGGAGGGAGGUGAACAGCGCGAGAUCGCCCGUAACCACAGCGGUUUACACAAUCUGGUUCCCAGAGGUCGAAACGCUAAAGUAGGUCGGAAAUCAAUGAAUCCAGCAUCGUCGACGGAAGUGAACGAAGACGGGUCUUCCAACUCAUCUGGAACUGCACAUCAACCAAAAGAUCCAGCACAACAACCAAAGCCCACCAGAUCGGGUUCGGAUACGGGCGAAUCCUGCUCGCCCGCCAAUGAUCCCCACCACUGGAGUAAGGACGAGAAAUAUGACGCAGAUAAUAUGUUGGACAUCAAUUAUAAGAAACAUCUGACCAGACAUGCCAACAAAGUGUUGUUGCGUGUCCGAAUGCUGUACUAUAUCAAACAUGAAGUUCUCGGUGACUUAGUGACUCAGAUUCACGAGGGUGCCAAUGCGAGCGAUCUCCCAAUUCGCCCACCGCCGACGCCCGAUCAGCUGCCGUGCUCAUGGUGGAAUCCAAAUUGUUGCGAUCGCAGCCUGUUAGUUGGCACGUACAAACACGGCUGCGAAAACUACCGUGUGAUGCGAGCGGAUCCAAUGCUCUGCUUCCAGACCCACUGCGGUCCCGGCGACGGUAUCGUCGAGGAGACGACUAUUGUUAAAGAGAACGACGACGAUGUGAACUCCAAGCAGGGAGAUAAUGACGAUGACCCCGAGGACGGCCCCUCGGAGGCCCGGUCCUCAUCCGCCGGUGUUGAGUCGAAAGAUGAUGAUGAAGAAUCCACAGCUGGUACCGCCACUAGUGCCGCGCCCACACCCGCACCUUCGGAGGCGAACCAGGAGCUGAUCUGGCCCACAAUGCAGGAUCUCAACACGCGGCUACGGCGGGUGAUAACCUCCUACCAGCGCAACUACAAGAAAGAAGAGCUGAAGCAGCAGCAGAAAGCAAAGCUCCAGGCGAUAGUACCUCCGGGCGGCCAAUCGUCCUCCACACCGUCGACGCCUUCCACCACGCCUGGACCGCCUGGACUGAGCGGAAGUCUGACCCCGCAGCAUCAGCAGCAGCAAUCGCAGUCCAUGUCGUUUGGAGUGCAGCAGAUGGGACAGCAGCAGGGCGCCGGAAUGUCGGGAAUGGUGGGAAGCGGUGGCUCCUCCACGUCCUACGCAAGCACUAGCGGAUUGAGCAAGAGCCAACAGCAGCAGCAGGCCGGUUCGACCGGUUCUGGCAGUCUCUCGCUGUCCGGAAUGACGUCCGCGGGUGGAAUGCCCACGGCGGCCGAUUUCAGUCUCAUGCUGAGCCUGGGCCUUGGCCUCAAUCCGGCUGAUGCUUCGCAGCUGGCCAAUCUUGAUCUGCAAAAGUUGGCCAUGUACUUGAAAAUGGAACGUCGCGAGAAAACAGAGCAGGUUAUGCGUGAACGGGAACGCGUACGGUUGGAGCAGAUUCCCAAGAAAUGGACCCGACGUGAGGAGAACGAGUUCAUUCGAGUUCUUACUGGUUAUGGGAUUGACUUGCUGUCGAACGCCGCCGUACCAACACCCGAUUGGUCUAGAUUCAAAGCAUUCGCCAAGCUCGACAAAAAGUCUGAUGAGAAUCUGAGCGACUUCUACAAAGUGUUUAUCGCGAUGUGCAAACGCCAAGCCGGUGUUAAAUUGAACGACGAUGAGAAGGGUUUGGAAGGUCUUGUGGACGAUAUAACGGAAGACCACGCAAGGCUUAUCCUCGACCGGCUAGAACUGCUUUCAAAGGCGCGUGAGAUCAUCAAGCAUCCCAAGCUGGAGGAUAACAUCAAAUUGUGCGAGAAUAAUCUCGACACGCCCGAUUGGUGGGUUUCGGGCAAACAUGACCGAGAACUUUUACGGGCGGUUUUGAAAUAUGGCAUCUAUCGCUCGGAGCAGUUGAUUCUGGCCGAUCCGGAGUUCCCCUUCUAUGAGUCGGCGAAAAAAUAUCUACAAAAUCUGGAGAUACAAAUUCAACUACAGAACCAACAGCUGAUGAAAAUGCAAGCUGCGAAGGCAGAGGCAGCUGAGAAAGCUGAGCUCGCGGUUAAGCUCGAGAAGAGUGAAGCAGCAUCGCUUAAGAUUGAGAAAGUGCCGAUUAAAAGAGAAUCUUUAGGUUCAACUGAAGAAAGAGACUCAACUGCUAAGGAAGAAGCGAGGGGCGCCGUCGAGCUUGAAGCCAAGGCUGAAGUCAAGACAGAAGACGACGAUGUUAAAAUGGAGAGUGAGGUGAAAACUGAAAUCAAACACCCGGAUGCCUCACCAUCCAAAGAGGUUAAAGCGGAAGUUAAACACGAGACUUCUGACGAGAAAAUAUGUGACGAUGAAGACGAUGAACAGAAGAUGGAAAUAGAUGAAGGUGCAGCCGAAGAUGGCAAACGAUCUGACGAAGACGCGAAAGACAAAGAUGCCGAGGAGUCAGAAGGAUUAAAAACAUCUGAGCAAGAGUCGGAAUCUAUGGAGGUAGAUACUGAGACUGAGCCAACCGGAGAACAUCUGAAGAAAGAUGUUGAGAAAUCAAACGAGGAGAAGAAAGACCCAACUGGUGAAAUAGAGCCAUCCGAACAAGAUAUUAAAUCAUCGGAUAACGAAGUCCCAACAUCGGCUGAAGCCGUAGAAUCGGCGUCAGUCAAGCAGGAGGAUAAGGAAUCAGCUAAAAAAUCAGAAUCGGAACGUGAAUCGUCUCCGGAUGUGAUUAUACUGGAUGAACAGAGAAUAGCGGCCGUGAAGCCGAAAGUUAUGAGUGAUGAAGAAAAAUGCUCGAAACAAGCAGCGGAGCUGAAGGCUCGUUUCCCGGAUCUUGAAGUGUUCCAACCACUGAUGAAACUCAAGCAGUUGGAUAACAGUGUUUCCAAGGAAGACUUCAAAAAUAUCAGCAACUUUGCUAGCAUGAUUGAUACCUCUAUGAUCGUCAAAUGGUUCCGAGACUUCGCGCUGGAGCGCCGUGUCGGUCAUAUCAUAUACUGCGUCGAGCACGGAGAAUGGCCUGUCGGUAAAUCGUACUCCGCAUACACGGGAUGUCUGGGAAUUGAUCUCGAUAUUCCACUUCAUGAGACAAUCAAGCGCAUCAUUCCAAUCGAUGCAGACACACGAAGGUCAACUUCGAGCACACCGGAUGUGAUAACGAUCACUACCGAUCACGCUGGUGCUAAACAAAUAAACCAAGCCGCUUUAUCCGCUCAGUCAGCAGCGGCUGCGGCGGCUGCCCUAUCCGCCGCUGGUCUCGGUGGAAGUGGAUCCGGACCAAGUGGCUCGCAGGGCUUAAGCCACAGUCAGAUGGCAGCUGCAGCCGCUGCGGCUGCCGCCGCCGCCGGUGUUUCGCUCUCGUCAAGUAAGAAACGAAAGAGACACAUUGCUAUUGAUGUUGAAACUGAAAGGGCCAAAUUGCAUGCUUUGUUGAAUAAUACUCAGAGUCCAGUUCAAACAGGAGGUUCCAAGUCACACCAUUCUAGUCUUCAAGCGGGAGCGCUUUCGUGGAAUGACGACGAUCUUGUGGAUGCGCGUCGAAGCAGCUCCUCGAAUCCGAAUGCACCUCAACCACCACCCGCUCAUCAGCAUGGUUCGAGGAACCAAAUGGCCUACACGAAACCGACCCUCAUUCCGGGUACCUCAAGCACGCUGACCCCGAUAGAUUUGUCCUCGAGCUAUACUCUGCCGAAGGUAAAUAUGGCGGACAUGCUCAAGAGCCCCAUGGAUCUGAGUGAAGUGCAAGACUUCUCGAUUUCCAAGAAAAGCAAAGGCAAUGAUGGCAGUCGUGGAUUGUCCUCCACCAGUAUCAGUAUCACCAGCGCUCAUGGCGGUUCUUCGAUGCCAUCACCGUCGGCAGCUGUUGCGGCCGCUGCCGCAGCCGGUAAAGGCAAGCUGAACGAUAUGCUUUCGAAGCUAAUGAAGAAGAACAACGUAAGUGUACCGAUCGAGGAACCUCCCCUUGGGAAGGAAAAGAAACGCAGGAAGCUGGACGAAAUAGUGCUUGGUUUGUCGGCGGCAAAGGAGCAAAAGACCAUAUUUGGGGAUCCUACUCCGCCUGGAGGAAGCUUCUCAGGAAGCUCGAUGAAGAAACCACAGAUUCCGCCAAGUGUGUCGGUUACCCCGGCCAGUGCCCCAUCAUCGGUUAGUCAGCAACCACCGCAGAAGCCUUUCACCAUCACCGUAACAAGUGUUCCGGGAAAUUCGAAAAGUGGUCAAGGUUCAUCUAGCUCCAGUUCGAAUAGUGGAUUGGCAGCGCUACAAAAUAUGUCCGGCAUGGGCGCGCUGUCUACGAAGGACAGCUUGAAUGCUUUGUUUGCCCAAGCAGCUCAGGCAGAGCAGCAAGCAUUCCUGAAGCAACAACAAAAGUUGAUACAGUCAUUGCCAGCGAAUUCACCCCAGCGGAAGGCCUAUGAAGUGAUGUUUGCCGAAAUGAAGCAAGCAGCGGAUUUGAGUUCGAAACUAGGCCAGUAUGGAUCAGCUGCUCACGAUGCGAAGGUUAAUAAGUGGCUAGCCGAACAAACUGCUGCCUUGACCGAACAUGCGAUGGGAAUGGAUUACAUGUCCAGGUCGUCACGACGAGGUUCGUCUUCCUCGCAGUCCCAAACGUCGACUUCCACGUCGUCAAGGUCUACGAGGAAUUCGAACACCAGUCUUCAACAGCAGCAACAACAACAGCAACAGCAGCAACAGCAGCAGCAGCAGCACCAUCAUUCUCAGCAACAAGCGGACAACAGUCCGAUGGCAUUCAACUGGAAGAAUCUAACCGGUGAAGAAUACGUAUCGGUUAUCAAUAAGAUCAACGGUAAACGACUAACCGGAAACAAAGCUCCGCAGUUGAAACGACUGACCCAAUGGUUAUCGGAUAAUCCGGCUUACGAAAUUGACCCGAAAUGGGCGGAGUCAAUCACCCUUCCUGGUCCGUCCUCUCUGUCGAAGCAGUCUUCAGACACGGGUGGCCCUUCGGCGUCAUCUUCGAAACAAAUGCGUAAUUCGGCAUCCGCUUCGUCUGCGAUGGCAUCUGCGAGUGGUUCAAGUGGCCAGUAUGGCAGUGGCCAACAGUCUUCAACGUCCUCGUCGAAAAAACAUGGUGGCAAUAACGCGACUAACAUGCAGUUUCCUGGACUCGCUGGACUCAAUGCAAAUCUUCUGUCCAGCAUUCCUGGACUUGGUAGUUUCGAUCCGAAAACGAAUCCACUGCUGAUGCCCUUCGGUGGAAUGCCUGGUCUUGCUGGGUUGGGUGGUCUUGGCAAUCUGAACAACAUGAAUCUUUUCGCCAGCUUGGCUGGACUACCGGGCCUGUCGGGAAUGGACGCACAAAGUUUAGCCACUAUGAUGGCGGCGGCCGGUUUAGAUCCGGCAACUGCUUUGGCGGCAGCAACUGGUGGUACACCGACCAAGAGUGGAAAUAGCAAUGCAGGCAAAUCGAGAAAGUCAGUCAACGAUGGUUCAGGGUCCUCAUCAUCGCAACAGAGCUCAGGCAAGGGUUCAAACUCGCAGCAAGCAGCUGCCGCCGCUGCAGCUGCCGCAGCCGCCAACAGUCAGUUCCCAUUCUUUUUCCCGAAUCCAAGUCUCCUGUACACACCCCUCGGACUCGGGGGUUUGAAUCCAUACGGAAUUCCAGGAGCCGGCAUGGGAACAAGUGGUGUCACAACGAGCACCUCCUCAUCCCCUACCACUUCCAGACAGUCCCAAUCAAAGCAGGGUGGUUCAAGGGGUAUGGGUGGAAACUCACAGCAAUCGGCAGCCUCUCCCAGCAGCAAAUCAAGUCGAAGCUCCAGUUUGACAAGCCAACAAGCCGCAGCUGCUCAGCAGGCAGCACUGGAAGCCGCCCACUUGCAGCAAUUAUUGCUACCACACGAUAAGCACCUCUUGGAUUCAUUGACACGCUCCGCCGGUUUAGAUAUCUCUCAGAGCUCGAGGGGUAACAGUAGCUCGAGUGCUUCUGAUAAGCGUGCACGAGAGAGUGCGGCUGCUCAGCAAGCUAACAAACAGGCAUUGGAGAAAUUAGAGCGAGAGAGGAGGAAAAUUAUUGAGACACUGUCCCAGGGAGCAUUUCCCUCUGAAUUAGCGGCUAUGCAAGCAUUCGCUACCGGCAAGAUGCCAGGAACUUCAUCUUCCGGUCACGGUUCAUCCUCGAAGAGUAGCAACAGUAGUAGUGCUGCUGCAGCUAAUGCGUCGGCAGCGGCAGCAGCAGCUGCUGCUGCGGCUAUGAGUGCUAAGGAUCUCCAAUUACCACUGCCACCCGAUUUCAGCCAGGCACUUUUUGCUGAAAUGGCUGCCCAGGCCCUCAACGCAGGUGCUUCAUCUGGAACAGGCUCAUCAGCCUCAUCUCCAUCUACAUCGAAGAAAUCUCGCGACCAAGAGUUGAAGGAUGCGUUCGAACAGCUGAGCAAAAAUCCCAUCGAACUGCUCGCAAGAAGUUUAGGUGUCGGCCCUGCAAUAUCAUUGAUUCCAACAUCGUCAGCGUCGACCUCAUCUUCGACGUCUGACUCCAAGAGGAGUGUCUCUUCGAGACAGCAUGACGCACAUCAACAACAACAGGCACAACAAUUGCAGCACCACUUGUCGAAAUUAGAUCCGAAGUCAAUGAUGCUGGGUGGUAGUGGUGGAUCCCAGCAAGAAGAAAUGAAGAGUCCCAGAACACGAUCUUCUACCGAUUCGUUGGCUAGUUUAGAUAAAGUCACACUGACCCCUGUAACACCAGCCAGCAUAGCCGCAUCGUUACCGUCGCAAACCACAAUUUCUUUGGCAUCUCCUGUGGGUUUAUCGGGAGCAUCUGCCAGCUCCAUGAAUCUCAGUGCAAAGAGCCCUGCGGCUUUAUCGACAUCCUCAACUAGCAGUAUAGGUGAAAGAGAUCGCGACAGAGAACGUGAGAGAGACCGCAGUGAUCGAAUGGAAAGAUCUGAGCGAGGGGAGCGAGGCGAACGAAAUCUCCGCUCUACGGAUUUGGCUGCCGAUUUGAGUAGCAGAAGUUUGUCCUCAGUAUCCGCUACUGUAACAUCAACUGCAGUUCCUGCAUCACCCCAGAACCUGUCGACAACGCCUUCAUCAUCGAGCUCCGCUCCUCCAGCAUCAGUAACUGUAGUAGACACUGCCCACAACCAGGAAAUGGACUUGGAAGAUUUAAUAGCCCCAUCGAAGCUGUCCAAAUCAGGUAACGUUUUGAACGAUGAAGACGAUCCCCAAAAACAAAUAAUGUUGCUCAAACAGAAACAAAAGCUACUUCAACAGGAACAGAUGAAGAAAUUGCAAGAGGCGCAAGAAGCCCAACGAUUGAUUGAACAGCAGAGAAUAUCCGAACAGAAGAAACUCAUGGAGGAACAACACCAACAUCAGCAUCUGCAACAACAACAACAGCAGCAGCAGCAAGAACAUCAAUUGGAACAACAUGAGCAAGAGCAAGCGCACGCUCGUGAACUGCGCCACAAACGACGAAGAGAACGAGAAGAUUCAGAACAUGAACACAGACGGCCUGAUAUGGCCGAAGAUGAACCCAUCAAUCUUCAACCUCAAAUCGAUCGGCAGGAAGAGGAGAUUCACAAGCAGCAGCAACUAGAGAUGCUGACUGAAGAACCUUCUCAUCAUCACCAACAACAGCAACAAGAAACACAACACGAGCAACAAACCGAUCAUCACCACCAACAACAACAGCUACAAACGCAUCAACAAAUAGACGAACUUGAAAGACACGAACGCAGGACUUUGCGUAGAAGUCACCAUCAUCCCACGGAACACCAUGAGGACCUAAGCAAAUCGGAUCAGGAGAAAACCCCCGAUUCAGCAACGAUGUCCACACGAAAAUCAACUCGUUCUAGCACCGAUGCGGCGAACUCAUCCGGUGGAGAAUCGAGUAGUGCCCAACCGACCACACCCUUGACCGGAGGUAGGCGUGCCACACGCUCCAAGCGACAGCGCAGUGGAGAUGAUCUAGAGGUGGCCCUGGGAAUGCCCGAGCGAAAACGAGAACUGCGCUCCAGUGCCGGACGACAAGCGGCAGCUGCAGCAGCACGGAUGGCGGCCGAGGCCAAGGCAGCCGCCGCCGCCGCAGCUGCAGCAGCUGCUGCCGCACAGUCGUCCGCUGAGGGAUCGCUCAAUCUGUCCAAGGAUCAGGACCACUCCGACAAGGAGGAACAGCAGCCUAUUUGACUAAAAAUGAGUAAAUGACGCUUAUAAUUUUAGGUUGAAAGAUAUUUUUGUUCUAUGUAGAAAUUUUAGACACAGUUGAUAUUAAGCGAAAAAGAAAAGUUUGGUAGGAAAUUCUGACGUGGGAACGAAAAAAAUGUGAAUUAUGAUUUAUGAUUGAGGGGAAUACUAGAUAUUAGAGAAGUGAAAUCAUUAGUGUUAGGAUAUAGAAUCGAAAGCCUGUGAAGCUGUUGGAGCUGUUGCAUUUCUGGGAACAGAAUUUUCUCAAGAGGAAUUUCUUCAAAAAGUGCCUACGCUCAUGCUGUGGAACAUUUCGUAUGUUAUUUUUUCAAGAUUUACCCUUUUUAUAGGAAAAUUUGAUCCCGGUCCAACAAUGCUCCACCAGCUUUAAAGCUUUUUACGAUCUACCUUAAACGCUGUUAUAUGUGUAUCAUAACCCUUGUCUUAAAAGUAUGUAAUAAUGAGCUAGAUAUAACUAGAGAGAACAUAACAAAAAAAAACUGUGUAAAGUGAGAAAUUGUCGGUCGGAGUAGUAGAUAAAUUAGCGUCCCGUUUUUAUUAUUUUGUAUCGGUAAUCAUAACGUUCGGGUUUCGUUUGCAAAAAAAAAAAAACUAAGAAAAUUCUAUUGUAUCAACAGUAGAGAUCGCACUAAAAUUGACUAUCCAUUUUAUUUACCGCUCCUUCCUUGAUAAUCCUUCGUUUUAUUAGGACAUGAUUUGAAAAAAAACGAAGGAGAUCGAGAGGACUAGUGAAAAGUUGACUCAUUCGAUAACCUGAGAACCUUAUACAAAUAUUAAAACUAUAAAUUUAUUAUAGAUAUGAAAUAUAUAUACUUGUAAACAAGUGUUAGCAUAACUGAUAGUAACUAAAACAAAUCAAAGUAUCUAAUUUAUUCUCAGACAUACGUCAUCAAAACAUCUGUACAUAGUAAAGUUAUUUUAACGUGACUCUAGUGUAUAAAUCGAUUAAUCUCGAUAUAAACAUGAAUCUUCGGGAACGCAAGAGGAUAAAAAACGAUUCAGUAAACAAUGUCAAACAAAAUAUAUGAAUUCAAAAGAGCACUUAAUUUUUUUUCGCAUUUAUGAGAAAUGAUUUAGUGACUAAUAGGAAAAGCGACUUGCUGUUAAAUACUACCGGUGGCACCUUGAUAAUCGAAAUUGGGUUCACGGUGGAGAGGGACUUUGUUUUCUUUUAUUGCUGUGGAAAGAUGACAAAUUCCCUCAUGCACUCGAUUGACCCAUUAUUCGAUACUAGCAAAAUGAAACCAAUUUGAAAUGACCGAUGGAGAUAUGCAAAAAUAAGUUGGUGGGCACGCUACAUGCAUAUUGCUGCGGGAUCACGAAAACAUGAUAGACUGAAACCCGGAAAACUUCGUUACAGUUUUUUCGUUUAAUUUUUCUUCGAAGGGGAUGGUAUUCGAGCAUUUCGAAAAUGCUCGUGUCGUUAGCUGUAUCUGACCUGCAAAAAGCAGCGAACAUGUUUCACUUCACAACGUGUGAGAUGUGCGAACUUGUGUAAAUGAGGGGAAAUAGUGUAGAUCAUUGCUUAUUUGACAUUUCAAUGCUGUGCUGCAAAUGAUUAUUUCACAAAAAAAAUUUGCUUUCUCUCAUCGUUACGCAACAUCAGUUGAUCGCGAGACACUAUUCGUACAAGUUUCGGCAGAUAGGAAAAGAUGUCGAGGCCAGAGUGAAAAAAAUUGACUGCUGAGUUGGCCAUAGCAAGGGUUGCAACUCUGACCUCAGAAAGGCGUAUAUAAAACAUUGCGGGGAAACUGAGGAGCAACUACGCUCUCAUUCUUAGGAAAAAAAUGAAACAACAAAAACAGAUGAAAAGUAAAAUCUAGAAGUAGUAGUAAUUUAUCUCUAAUAUUGAAAAAUAAAGUUUACAAAAGUAUAAAUAAUAUAACUAGCAAGAAAAAUACGUGACAAGUAUAAAAGAAAAACAUUGCAAAAAAAACGUAAAUAAUGAAAAUGA